AUGGCACCGCCCGCCCCCCCCCCCCGCACUGGUGGUACGGCCCAUCGCACCCCGCGCUCCCGGUGGUACCGCCCCGGCCGCGCUAUGGAGCGGGCCCCGGCCCCGGCCGCGCCGCCGCCCGCCCCCUCCUUCGCCGAGGUGCUGCAGCUGGUGCGGAGCGGGCGGGAACUGCCGGGCGUGCGGCGGGCACACGCAUCGCCCACGGGAGACACCCCCACCCCCUCCCGCCUGCCGCUGCCCACCAAGCCCUGGGAGAACCGCUCCGGCCUCGCCAGGCCCUGCAGCCAGCAUUCAGAGAACCAAGAACCCCCGUGGCUCUCAACCCAGCAGCCCGGUGGGAGCAGUGAUAUUGCUUGAUUUCCAUGUGCCACAUCUCAAUAGCUAGUGAUCCUUUAGGAGGUGCAAACAAACUUCAACAGAGCUGCAUUUCCUCGCCAUACAGCUUGGCAACCACCCCAUCUCAAUACAAAACAUCAAAUUAAUCUUGCAAACAUUUGAAGAACCCGAGAACUGACUUAACACUUGAAACCCGUGCGGGGCGAAGGCAGGACUGACACGUGUUUCCCUCCCUCCUAGCAGCAUUGCCGUGCCCGAGGACAGAGCUACUCCACGUUGAGCUUUGUUUUUAUGUUCAUGGCCGCCAGCUCUGCCACAAAGUAACGGAAGACGUGGGGCACAGGGACAACCUCGAUGGUGUCCACCUCGCUGCAGACAGAGCAGGAGUACCUCCUGUUGCUUGUCACAGAGGAGGAGUGCGGUGGUUUCUCCAGCACAGGAGAUGUCAUGCUGCCGCAGCUCAUGCAGACGUAGGCUACAGAGCCAUCAGAGCAGUUGAACAGGCGGUCUUGCAGCAAGAAAGACGUUCCAUGAGCCAGCAAAGCAUCACGCUCCAUCUCGCCAAAGCGAAUCCCACCUUCCACAUUCCUCCCCUUGACGGGCUGGUUGGUGACAGCAUCUCGGGGCCCUGUUGUCCUCACCUGGAACUUGUCUGAGACCAUGUGGCGCAAGCGCUGAUAGUAUACCACUCCCACAAAGAUAUCCGCCUCCAGCUCCAGGCCGCUGAUGCCACUGUACAUCUUUUCCGUCCCAAAGAAGUUAUAACCUGCACUCGCUAAAGUCUCACCGAAGUAUUUCAAAGCGGAGUUCUUCUCUGUGAAGGUGAAGGGAGUGGCAUCAUAGGAGACGCCGUGCAGUGCUGCCGACUUCCCCGCCAUGCUCUCAAUUAACAUCCCAAUAGUCAUUCGGGAGGGAAAGCCGUGAGGGUUGAAGAGGAUGUCUGGAACCAUUCCGUUCUCCGUGAAUGGCAUAUCCUCAACAGGCCACAGCUGGCUCAGGAUACCUUUCUGUCCAUGACGGCUGGCAAAUUUGUCUCCGACAGUUGGAUUUCGAGGCACCCUCACAGUGAUGCAAGCCUUCUUGAAUUUCCCAGUGCCACGGUCAUUACUGCAUAACCUGACAUUGUCUACAAUGCCAACUUCCUUAUUCCUGUAUAGGUGCAAAAACAACCACAGCAAAGGUGUCAGGUGUGCUAACGAUUUUUAGCUUUGAAAGGGAAAUGAAGGAAAAAAAACCACUUUGUAAGACUCAUAAAAUGCCUUGGGACAGCUGGGGAACAGCACUGUUCUUGAGAAGUACUACUCGGUAGUGAGGGAAGUCAGACUGCAUAGGAACUAGGGCAAGGAAGCAAUAUGACAGCAUUCAUUUGCCUUUUCUAAUCCUAGAAGUACAGCUACAACUGUCAGGUGAUUAGGUAAUGUGGCACUCAUGAGAUUUAAAAUAAAGAUCAUUUAAACCUG